GCAAAUACGCCGUCGGUUUGUCUCUCCUCAGUCCUCUCUGGCUCUCUCUCUCUCACUCUCUCUCUCUCUCUCUCUCUCUCUCUCUAUCAAAUCUAGCUUGCAGCGCCGGGCCUCUCUCUCUCCAGUAACCCAACCCCUUGCAAACGGCGUCAUUUUCUUUCUCGGCGAAGGCGGAAAAGGUUAGAAUUUGUAAUGGCUACUGCUACAUACCCACCACCACCACCGUAUUACAGAUUGUACAAAGAUUACUUGCAAAACCCUAAGUCUGCUCCUGAGCCUCCUCCUCCUAUUGAAAGGACUUACGUCUGUUUCGGUGCAAAUUAUACUACUGAUUAUGUGCUUCCAAGCCUGGAAGAGCAAGGAGUGCGUCGGCUUUACCCUAACGGGCCCAAUGUUGAUUUCAAGAAAGAGCUGAGGUCCCUUAAUAGAGAGUUGCAGUUGCACCUAUUGGAGCUUGCUGAUGUUCUUAUUGAGAGACCGUCACAGUAUGCUAGGAGAGUGGAAGACAUAUCCCUGAUAUUCAAGAAUUUGCAUCACCUUCUCAAUUCAUUGAGACCCCAUCAGGCUCGAGCCACUUUGAUCCAUAUUCUAGAGCUUCAGAUACAACGGCGUAAACAAGCAGUGGAAGAUAUUAAGAGGAGGAGAGAAGAAGCGCAGAAACUUCUCAAGGAGGCUCUUGGAACUUUGGAUGGCCAGUAGGGCAUACAUUGCCGGGCUGGGUUUUAAGAGUGGAUUGGCACGUGCUGAUAAUUGUUGUAGAUGGUUUUGCCAUGCACUUGUGGAGAGUUUCAGGAUUUGUAGAUUGCAGUUUCAUGCCAUAAAGAUGCCACAGUUUCUAGGCUUCCCAUGAGUUGAGUAGAGUUAAGAGUAGAGUUGAAUGCUGUGCAUCUCAAGAGGGCUAUUACACUGACAGUUGCAUUUUUGCAUUUACAUUUUAUUUAAUAGCAAUUCUUGAUGUUAGAUCCUGAAGUUUUGUUCUGUACUUGUAAAGCGAUCUUUGUGCGGAAUCCUAGUGCCAUCCAUUAUCAGUUGUUACUCCUA